AUGUCUAACCGAAAUCGUCAAAAAUAUUUCAAUACCGAUAACAAUAAUUUGCAAUGUCCAGGUGUCCAGGUCCAUGAUGAUCCGGAAAAUAUUGACGUGAGUUCAGAAUAUAUUUUUGAACUUAAUUAACGCUUUUCAAAAUGUUGUUUUAUGUUUCGAGUGUAGCGAAGAAUUCAUUGGUUUUACGAAGAUGUUAAUCUGUUUAUUUUUUAAUUUUUUAAACUUGUGAUCUACAAUGAUAGUAUUUUUUUUUGAAAGGAAAUCUGACUGGCGUGGUACUUUGAAGAGGUCAUUUUUUUAAGUUCCUGGAAAUUUUCCCAAAAAAAAAAAAUUAGAAAAACUGAGGAAAAAGGGAAAAUGUACGAAACAUAUUAGUAAAAUAAGCAGUCUUAGAAUAAUAAGAACGAGUGGAGCCAAUGUUUUAGUAGAAAAGCUGGAAAGCAGUAGAGAGGAAAUUGAAUGUAUAUCUGUAAACAACGAUAAACCAUUUAUAACGAAAAAACGAUUUUGAGGAAAUUUCAAUUGAUAGUGUUGAUUAGUCAACAAUAUAUAUGUUAUAUUAUGGUUCUUAAAUAGUGAUUUAUGAAUAUAAAUUUUAACUACAAAUCAUUUAUUGUUAAGAUAACAAUUGAUCCCAAAUUACACCCUAUGAGCAUUGGUAAAAGACGUGAAACAGUCGAUAAGUUGCGUACAAAACAAUACGUGAAGAUACAAACACCCCAAAAAGGUGAAAUUAGAAAUCCAGAUACAGUAAAACUCGACAGAUACCAACAGGACUUAAACGAUAUGAAAAAGGAAAUUUUUGAUAUGGUUGACCAACGUGUAAGAUUUAUUAUUUAUUUAAUAAAUAUGAUUAUUGAUUGGUUAAUCAAUAAUCAUUUUUUAAUCAAAUAUUUAUAUAUAAUCGGUAAUUUAAAAAAUAAAAAUAACAUAAUAACAUAUAUAUUAAGUUUUCGAAACCAGACAGUACUAAUCCAGAGUUAUUCGUAUUAUAUCCGGAAUACGGAUUUACACAACAUGACGUUAAGAAGUGUAUUAAUCAUUUAUAGACGAUUCAAAAAAAUUCGUAAUUUUUUUUUGUGAGCACUUUGGUUUAGAUUACCGUUUAAAAAUAUCUGUGAAUCACAAUAAUAGUUAUUAUUUUUUUAAUGUAUUGAUAUUGUUACUAUUUUUAUUUUUUUAUUAUUAUAGAUAAAUUAUUUAAUGGAGAAUAUGACAAAAGCUAAAUUAAAUACGAAACCUGUUGAAAUGUGUUGUUCUAACAGUAAUCAAAACCCUAAAUGUAGUUUUGAUUUUUUAAUGGGUAACGGCGAUCAGUGGAAAAGACCUCCUACAAAUACAGAUAAAAUCAAUAUUACUAGAGAAUUUCAGUUGUCUGUUAGUUCUAAAGCCAACAAAAAUAGUGAUGUCUCUUCGGUUCAGACCGAAUUUCAGAAUUCUAGUAAGUGGGCAUCGUUAGUUAUAAUUUUAAAUUUUUUUUAUCAAACCAUCGAUUUCAAUAUUAUUAAGUAUUAUUUUUUUUUUUUUAAUUACUUAUAUAAUAUUCGAACUAUUAAUAUUUUCCCUUUUUUUUUUUACAAAACUGAUAAAUUUCUUUUUUGAUUUGGAAUGCAAAAAUAAUAUCACAAUAUAUGAUUAAAAUAUUUAAUUUAUUUAUUCAAUCAGUUUUAUAUUAUAAUAUAAUAUAUAAUAUAUAUAUUAUAAUAUUAUAAUAUAUAAAACCGGAUUUAUGUUUUAUAUGAAAACGGAAUGACUUUUUUUUCAUUUUUGUUAUAUUUUCAUUUUAAUAAAUAACUUAUGCGCUAACGGAGCAAAAAAUAGCAGUAUAAUUUAUAUCCCUGGUUUCAGUGACUUCUCCUGAGCACAUCUGAUUUUGUAAAUUCUCUAUUACCUUCUUCGUUUUAAUGGGGCCAAUGUUUUUAUAAAAUAUGUUUUUUGUAUUUGGUGAUAUUUUGAUGAAUCUCAAAGAGUAUUUUAGAGAAGUAUUUCAAGAGCCCCCCGACCAUUUUGAUAAAAAAAAAAAAAAAAAAACAUGUAUAAUGAAUGUGAUUGUUAAUUGUUUAUUUACAAUCGUGAUUUUGGUAAUUCUUCAAAUACUUUUUUACAUAUCUGUAUAUGUAUAUAUGUGCGGGAAAAAAGACAUGUAGUAACGGUUUUAUUCCUUGACCAUGGUUCUUCUAUGCCCACAUCAGCUCUUUCCAAGAUGGCUUGCCGACCGACGGUCUUGUGCACGUCACUGAUGCUUGGGUUUGAUCGAAUAGAAGCCCAGCCACUUCUCCCACAUUUUCCUUGGUUUUUUUUCCCCUCUUUACUGAAUACCAGUCCGAUUGGAAUAAAACUCAUACUCUAUAUUUUCCUGUUGUGGAUCACAAAUUUAAUUGUUGGUAAAACUCCAUUUUGAUAUAUGGUUUUUCUCCAAGAGCUGCGUCCUGAUUCAUUUCUUGAUUUCCGGUUCUACCAUUCUACGGAGAUUUUCCAUAGAUGGUAUAAGGGUGGUGUCCACCCCAGGGUUCUUCAUCUUACUAGUGUAUUUUUAUCAAUUUUUGACAUGAAUAAAUUUGUGGACUGUUUUCUGACAUUAUAACUCGGAGUCAGGAGGUAUCUUAAGUUUCUCCUCAUUGACGCCCUGCAAAUCAGGUUCUCGAUAACGCAUCCACAGGAUCAGGUAUGUAUAUCACUUCGAAAACAUACGUCUUCAGCUGCCUAGUCUGAUGUGUCAGUUUUUAUUAUUGUGCAGAUAUUCUCCUCUUUGACUGCUAGGUAGUGGGUUCGUGCCAAUUUCUGGCUCGCAUAACUAAUUAUCUUCCUCUCCUUCAGGGAGUUCUUCUUCUGGAAUAGUACCACCCCAACACCCACUUCAUUCAAGUCUGUUUGUAGACAAAAUAGCUUGGUAUAAAUCCUGUUGGUUUGACAUUGGUGCAACUUUUAUAGUAGUUUUCAGUUCAUCGAAUUGUUGAUUUUGUGCGAAAACUAUGUAAUGCAUUAUUUUCAAAAGGCUAUUUUAUCAAUUUUACAGUCAAGUCGCGAUAACUCGAAGUUAAAGGGGAAAAAAAAUUCACUUCGAGAUAUGUAUUAUUUGAGAUAUCCAACUCGAAUUUAUCAAAAUUAAACACAAAUUUCGAGUAAUUUAAUAUAAUAUAAUUUAAAAAUUUGACGAUAAAAAACGUUAUGAUAAAUAUUUGUACAUAAAUGUUAUACAAAAACUAAAAUGGUAUUAUGGGUAUGUACAUUUGUAUUAUUUACAAGAUACAGCAGAGAAAAAAAAUGGGUGCAGGGAGGUACUUCAAGGAGGUAAUUUUUCGAUUUUCUCAAGAGUUUUCUCAUCGUAUGUGAAAAUCCGAAAGAAAAAUAAAUGAAGAAAUACGGGAAAAUGUACGAAAUAUAUUUGUAUAAUGUGUAAUAUACUUAGCUAUUUAUUAAAAUUUUAUAUUUGAGUUGAGAUUUUUAUAAUACAUCGAGUGUUAUGAUAAUUUCUAGGGGAAUAAAAACUAAUCGAGUUAUCGAGUUUUUCGUGUAUUAAAGUUCGAUUUAUGGCGACUUGGGUGUAUUAUAAAUGUAUAGUGUUAAGUAUUAAUAAAUUUAUUAGAUAUUUAUAGUUAAUUUUUUAACUUGUAUUCCAUGUACCUAUUUUUCCCAUGUUAACCAUAUAUUGCUUUUUGAAACAAAUAUAUUAAUGACACAAUUCGAAUUUAAUGCCUAGUAUUAAACAAAUUUAAGCAAGACAAUGGAGGCAUUGAUAGUAAUGAUUUGAAAUGUACACCAUUAGCAGAUUCCAAAAUAUUACAGUCUAAAAAAGGCGAAACCAAUGAAGGGAGCAAAUCCCAGGUUGCUGAAUCAAUGGUCACACAAGUAAUUUGUUUUAUUGUUUUUUCAAAUCAUUUUUGUACAUGUUUUAGAUAAUUUCAAUAGUAUUGAGUAUUUGGAAGUCUGAAUGGGAUAAAUGAUUCUGAGCGAAAUUCGGUUAUAUAAGUUUUAAAAGGCCGUAAUAUUUACGAUUUUAGUCAAAAUUUGAUAUUAAAAUUUAAAAAAAAAUUUGACAUUAAACUCAACUUUUUCAUGUUGAUUACUAAGUACAAAUUAAAAUAAAUCUCCUCUUCUCUUCAAGAAUUUCUGUUUUUUCUAACAAUUAUAUCCACAGAGUGCCUACCGAAUAAAUAUUAUGAAAAAAAAAUAGUAAAAUUAGAGUGUCUAUAAAUUUUCAAAAAAUCUACCACGUUUAUUAAAGGAAAAUAUAACAUUUCUUUCCAAUUAUAAAAUAUCUACGGAGAUUUUUAACUCAAUGAAAACAAAAAAAAUAAAAUUGAAAAUAAUAAAAGCAUUCUUUUCGUAAAUUGUCUCAUUUUUCUAUUAUUUUUCCUGGUUUUCCCCAAAUAAGUAUCAUAACCCUUUGAAAAUUAAAGAUAUGAUCUCCUUAAUAUAUCACUCUAGGAAAAUUUUUCUUUUAGAAAAAGUACUACACAUGAAAAUCGAAGUAAGAUUUCCGGUAAAAUUAUUGUACACACUAAAACUGUAAAACCAACACAUUUCUUUACUCAGAAUCUAAAAUAAUUUUAUAUUAUUUUGAUUAGAUGAUUACUAUUUCUCGUCAAGAUAAAAAAUAUCAAAAGAGUGAAAUAAUAGACAACACUGAACAAACGAAUGUUUGCAAGAAAAUUUCAAGAGAAACUGGCGUCAAGAUUGAGAUAUUCCCUGAAAAGGACAACUCAACUUUUUUAUUAAAUGGUAAUAAAGAUGGUGUUGGUGUAAGUAAGCUCAAGAUUGCUGCAAAUUUCCCGAUUAAGGUAAAUUACUUUUUCAUUAAUAUUAUAGUUAUACUUAAAAAAUGUCCAAUAGUUAAAAAAAAAUUAACCUAUGUAAAUAUGCGGAAUAAAUGUGUGUUAAUUUUUUUAAUGUACUAGUUAUCAAAUGUCUUUUUAGGAAAAAAUUAUUGAAAUUGUAUUAAAUGUACCUACUAAAUAUCAUUCAUAUUUUCUUAAUCGGCAAGCCGAAGUCAAAAAGCAAAUAAUUUCAGAAAAUAAUGGUGUUUCUAUUGUUUUUCCUCCUAUGAAUAGUGUUUUUAGUGGCGUUUUUAUUAACGGUCCCAAAUAUUUCGUUAAAAAAGUAAAAAAUAAAAUCAAUGCAAUCGUAAACGACUUGGUAAUUUCAUUUAAAUACUGAUUAGUAAUUACAGUUGUUUUAAUUGAUUGUGAUUUAAUAAAUUUUUAUUUUUAGGAACAACGUGAUGCUAAUGAGUAUCGUGAUAUAUCUCAACAAGACUGUGUAUGCGCUAGUUCAAUCGAUAAAGAGCUGAUUACUAUUGAAGUAAGUUUGGAAUAUUUUAUUUAAACAUUUUUUACGAUUUUAAAAAUGUUAUUUUUAUAGAUUAUUUAGCUCUUAUUAUCGUAAUUAUUACUCAUUUAUUAUUUAGAUGACCAUUGAUCCGGAAUUACACAGUAUGAUCAUUGGCAAAAAAGGUGAGACAGUCGACAAAAUGCGUGCAAAAUACGACGUGAAGAUAAAAAUACCCCAAAAAUGGGAAAUUAUUAAUCCUGAUAGUGUAAAAAUCGUCGGAUAUAGACAGAACGUAGAGAAUGCGAAAAAUGAAAUUCUCAAAAUGGUCGAUCAUCGUGUAAGAUUUAAUUUUUAAUUUACCAAGAGUGAUAAUUGUUUAUGAUAUUUAUAAUUGCUGGUUAAUUUAAAAAUUAUGUUAUUUUGUAGAAAAAUUGUUACAAAAGAAAAAUUUUCAUUGAACCCCAAAUUCUUUCAAGGAUAAUUGGUUUUCAGUGGUCCCGUAUUAAAAAGACCAUGGACGAAUAUCACGUAUAUAUUAAACAGGACAGUGCUAAUCCAAAUUUGUUUACAUUAUAUCCGGAAUACGGUUUCACACGACAUGAAGUAGAGAGGUGUAUGAAAUAUUUACACACGAUUCAAGAAAAAUAUGUAAUUUUAUUUUCAGAGCUCAUUAUUUAGAUAAGAAGAAGAAUAAGAAUUAUUUUUCUAAUGUAUUGAUUUUGUUAAAUAUUAUUUUUUUUUUUCAUAGAUAAAUGAUUUAAUCGAGUGUAAUCAAAAGUCUCAAGGUAAUGCUACAUAUGUAAUGGGUAACGAUGAUCAGUGGGAGAGAACUCAAGCAAAUACAAAUACCAAUUCUACUAGAAAUUCCCCAUCGUUUGUUGGUACGGAAAACAUUCAACAAUAA